CCAUGUUGAAAUAAGUCGCUCUCAUCCAAGCUCUCAGAGCGAAGGAACUGCAGCCCGCCAUUGUGUAGAAUCCAAUCUAUAUAGAGAGAGACAGGGCACUUGGCUAACUCUUAGAUAGACAUUUCUUAACCCUGCCGAAUUGAUUUAAAAAUCAUUUAAACACGCAGGCUCCAGGGAGAAAGAAAUGUCAGCCAGCAGCCUUCUUGAACAGAGACCGAAAGGCCAAGGAAAUAAAGUGCAAAACGGGACGGUCACACAGAAGGACACGUUAAAUGAUGACGAGUUUGAGCCUUACCUGAACACUCAGACCAGACAGAGCAAUGCGUACACGGCCAUGUCGGACUCCUACAUGCCCAGCUACUACAGCCCCUCCAUAGGCUUCACCUACUCCCUGAACGAGGCAGCAUGGUCUACCGGCGGAGACCCCCCGAUGCCUUACCUGGCCUCCUAUGGACAGCUCAGCAACGGGGAGCACCACUUCCUCCCGGACGCUAUGUUUGGCCAGUCGGGGGCGCUGGGGAGCAACCCCUUCUUGGGUCAGCACGGCUUCAACUUCUUCCCCAGCGGCAUCGACUUCUCCGCCUGGGGCAGCAGCAGCUCUCAGGGACAGUCCACUCAGAGCUCGGGCUACAGCAGCAACUACGCCUACGCGCCCAGCUCUCUAGGGGGCGCCAUGAUCGACGGACAGUCUCCCUUCGCUGCCAGCGAGCCGCUCAACAAGGCCGUGGGCAUGAACAGCCUGGACCAGGGCAUGGCAGAGCUCAAGAUCAGCGGUGGCGGCGGCAACAUGGCGCCUAAGGUGGUGGGCUCAGGACUCCCCGGGGGACCCAUGGGCCAGGUGUCGGGCCCGCCCGCUGCGCCCCCGGUGUCCAUCGCCCCGGUCAAGCCAGCCUCGUGGGCGGACAUCGCCAGCAAGCCGGCCAAGCCGCAGCCCAAGCUCAAAACCAAGGGCGGCCUGGUGGGGGCGAACCUGCCGCCUCCGCCCAUCAAACACAACAUGGACAUUGGCACUUGGGACAACAAGGGCACCAUGCCUAAGGCGACCACCCCCCAGCACGUCCCCAUGCCCCCCAACGGCCAACCGUCCAAUCAGGCCUCCCCGCAGCCCGGCGCCAUGGCCGGUGGGACUCCGCAGCUGCCCAUGAGUAACGGGCAGCUGAUGCACCCCCCCUCCCAGCUUGCUCCCCACCAACUCCCGCCCAACGGCCAGCAGCAACAGCAGCAGCAGCAGCAGCAGCAGCCCAUGGUGGCCCAGCAGCAGCAGCAGCAGCAGCAGCAGCCCCCUCCCAACCCCCAGUCCUCCCAACCCACCCGCUGGGUGCCGCCCCGUAACCGUGCCAACGGGUUCGGGGACGCCGGCGGGGGCCCGGGUCAGUCUCCGCCGAGUGCGGCGGGAGUGGGCGGAGUGCCCGGGAUGCCCUCCGAGCCCCACCCCGUGCUGGAGAAACUGCGCCUGGUCAACAACUACAACCCCAAGGACUUCGACUGGAACCCCAAGCAAGGCCGCGUGUUCAUCAUCAAGAGCUACUCCGAGGACGACAUCCACCGCUCCAUCAAGUACAACAUCUGGUGCAGCACCGAGCACGGCAACAAGCGGCUGGACGCCGCGUACCGCUCGCUGGGCGCCAAGGGCCCGCUCUACCUGCUCUUCAGUGUCAACGGCAGCGGGCACUUCUGCGGCGUGGCCGAGAUGCGCUCGCCCGUGGACUACAACACCUGCGCCGGUGUGUGGUCGCAGGACAAGUGGAAGGGCCGCUUCGACGUGCGCUGGAUCUUCGUCAAGGACGUUCCCAACAGCCAGCUGCGGCACAUCCGCCUGGAGAACAACGAGAACAAGCCGGUCACCAACUCUCGGGACACGCAGGAGGUGCCGUUGGACAAGGCGCGGCAGGUCCUAAAGAUCAUCGCCGGUUACAAGCACACCACCUCCAUCUUCGACGACUUCUCGCACUACGAGAAGCGUCAGGAGGAAGAGGAGAGUGUGAGAAAGGUGGAAGUUCAGACUGGGGACCCCUACACCAGUAACACCAACAGGGCCCACUACAGAAUGCAGGAUCGCCAAGGACGGGUCAAGUAACAGUCACCAUUUUGGGCAAAAGACUGCGAUGGCCCUACUUUUUUCCUGUCUACAUCCAGAUCUUUUCACAAAGUCUAAGGGGGAGAAAUACCCAAGGAUUUGAAAAAAAAAAAAGAAGACUCUUGAUUUCUGUUGACUUAAAAGACUUGGAACUUGUAGUAAAAGAAAAAGAAGAAAACAAUUAUUCAUAGGACUUGAACAAGUUAAUAAUUCUAUAGGAUCCUAGGUGAACCUCAAGCUCUCAUUUUUGUGCCGCCCCCUUCCACCUUCCUGUUGCUUUGAUCCUUUUUUCUGUUUUUCCAUUUUUUUUUUAAGAAAUCAUCUUCAGUUUUUACAGUCCAAGCAAGGCAAGGCUUUGCUUCUGUGUCACACACAUCUAGAGGAGUUGUGUAGUGUUGGCUCACUACUGCCCUCUUCAGCAUGGGCAGUUUGUAUCAUUUCUUUGUAACCCCCACUGGCUCCCCAUUGGAGAUUGAAGUAACCAAUCCAGAAGCAGAGUUGGGGGUUUCUCCCAUCACUUGUAGUGGAUGUUGCAUCGUUGGGUAAUUUGACGAUAACCAUGCACAUUAUGAUCUCCUUUCAAACAUAACUUUUUUUUUUCUUUUUUUUUUUGUCCUUAAUCACUCCCGCCACAGUCAGAAGGCAACAAGACAAGAAAUGUUUGACAUUGUCCUUUGUUUAUCUUGUGUUGAUGAGAAGGAAUUGGUUUAAGGAAAAGAUUUAAGUUGGCAUCGGUCAUUGUAUAAUUUGUGUGGUAAGCGGAAGGGUCUUCUGAACUUUUAGUUUCCAUGUUCCUCUCUCUUGGGCAAUUUAAACUGUUGCCGGGGGUGAUCUCUUCCUUAAGUUUUGUUUGUUUUUCCUCUUCCGUUUCUUAAGUCUGCAUUGGGAUGGGUCUUGCUCCAAUUCUUUCUAUUAAUCAGUUCAACGUAAUAAACGUGUAUACCCAGCAGAA